AUGACUGCAAAUUCCAAAGAGCAACCUCGCGUCAUAUUCCAAGACCUCCCAGCCGAACCCGCCUCGAGAUCUACGGCUAUGUCCUUACCGAACCCAAGCCUAUCGCCAUCUGCACCUUCCGCCCUAAGAUUGACGACCGCAAAGCAGUCCAACAGAAGAGGCGAGACCUACGACCGCAAGAAAGGCGCCUGGGUGCUCUUGCCACCACGCCGAACCGCGCUCCUCCACGUCAACAAGCAAAUCCACUUCGAGGCUACUCAAAUCCUGCUGGGGAGUAACCACUUCAGCUUCAGGAACAGCAUUACGCUGGACCAGUGUCUGGACGUGCUGGGCCAGAGAGCUCAGCAUCUUCGAUUUGUGUACAUUGGAGGACAGGGGUAUGUGAGGAAGCAUGCGAAGAAUACCUUUACCAAACUCGCUCAGUCCGCCAAGUUCCUCAAGAAGCUCUACAUUGAUCACUACGAUGUAUGCCAGCGCUCGAGAGAUUACUACAAACUACCGAAGUCUGACGAAGUGGCGAAGCGCGUGGCCAAGGAUUGCAAGGAGAUGCUGCAGCUUCUGGAGAAGAGCUAUGAAGAGGGAGGGGUCACAUUUAAUGCUCUAGACAUCGUGGACUAUUACCUACAGCCAUGUUGCGGCUGUCCUGGUACGGCUCGGGCUCAUAACAGACAGAUGUUGGUGGCCACACAGCGUGAGUUGGGGAGUUGUCAGUGUGCGUGUGGAGAGGCUGGGCAGCAGCAUGAGAGGAUGAGGCAGGAGCUGCGGAAGUGGAUGGGAAAGGUUCUGGAGAUCAAGGUGGAAGAGGGCAAGGAUGCUCGUGAUCAAUCUUGA